CUAGGGGCGGGGGCGGCGGCGGGGGGCGCGCCCGGCUCGGGGGUCUCCUCCGCCGCCCCGUUGUCGGCGUCGCGGCGCAAGGACGGCGGCCCCUCGGGGAAGUUCUGGGAGAGCCCCGAGACCGUCUCUCAGCUGGACGCCGCGCGGGCCUGGCUCGGCAAGCACUGCAAGAAGUAUGUUCAAGCAGAUGCUCCUACCAAUAAAACACUGGCUGGGCUUGUUGUGCAGCUGCUGCAGUUUCAGGAAGAUGCCUUCGGAAAACACGUUGCCAAUCCUGCCUUUACAAAGUUUCCUGCAAAGUGCUUCAUGGACUUCAAAGCUGGAGGAACACUAUGUCACAUUCUUGGUGCUGCAUAUAAGUACAAAAAUGAGCAAGGAUGGCGCCGAUUUGAUUUGCAGAACCCUUCCCGAAUGGAUCGAAACGUAGAAAUGUUUAUGAAUAUUGAAAAAACAUUGGUGCAGAAUAACUGUCUGAGCAGACCAACCAUCUACCUCGUACCAGAAAUUGAACUGAAGUUGGCUAAUAAGCUGAAGGACAUUGUCAAACGUCACCAGGGCACAGUCACUGAUGAGAAGUCUAAAGCCACGCACCAUAUUUAUCCUGUUCCUACCUCAUUGGAUGAAGAAGAGUGGCUAAGACCUGUAAUGAAGAAAGACAAGCAAGUUCUUGUGCAUUGGGGCUAUUACCCAGACAGCUAUGACACUUGGGUUCAUGCUACUGAUAUAGAUGCCGAAAUCGAAGACCCUCCAAUUCCAGAGAAGCCGUGGAAGGUUCAUGCUAAAUGGAUUUUGGACACAGAUGUAUUCAAUGAAUGGAUGAAUGAAGAAGAUUAUGAAGUAGAUGAGAACAAGAAGUUGGUCAGCUUUCGCCAGCGUAUCUAUAUGAAAAAUGAAGAACCAGUCCAUAGCCCUGAACGGAGAGAUAGGAAGGCAGCCACAGGUGCCAGAAAACGGCGGCACUCCCCUUCACCACCACCUCCUCCCACCCCAGCAGAAUCGAGGAAGAAAGCCGGGAAGAAGGGGCAAGCAAGCCUAUAUGGGAAAAGGCGAGGGCAAAAGGAAGACGAUGAGCAAGAAGAUCUUACCAAGGACAUGGAGGAUCCAACCCCUGUGCCUAACAUAGAAGAAGUGGUACUUCCUAAAAACGUAAACCCAAAGAAAGAUAGUGAAAACACUCCAGUGAAAGGAGGAACAGUAGCAGACCUAGACGAGCAGGAUGAGGAGACGGUCGCCACAGGAGGAAAGGAAGACGAAGAUCCCAACAAAGGUGACCAGAGCCGCUCGAUAGAUACCGGAGAAGACAAUGUCACAGAACAGACAAAUCACAUCAUUAUCCCCAGCUAUGCAUCCUGGUUUGACUAUAACUGUAUUCAUGUAAUCGAGCGCCGCGCUCUCCCAGAAUUCUUCAAUGGGAAAAACAAAUCAAAGACCCCAGAAAUAUACUUGGCUUACCGCAAUUUCAUGAUUGAUACGUAUCGCUUAAACCCUCAAGAGUACUUGACUAGCACUGCCUGCAGAAGGAACUUGACUGGAGACGUUUGUGCAGUAAUGCGGGUACAUGCCUUUUUGGAACAGUGGGGGCUUAUUAAUUACCAAGUGGAUCCAGAAAGCCGACCCAUGGCCAUGGGUCCUCCUCCCACCCCACACUUCAAUGUGCUUGCUGACACUCCCUCGGGACUCAUGCCUCUUCACCUUCGGACACCUCAGAUCCCAGCUGCUCAGCAGAUGUUGAAUUUUCCAGAGAAAAACAAGGAUAAACCUACUGACCUGCAGAACUUUGGGCUUCGUACAGACAUAUACUCAAAGAAAACAUUAGCAAAGAGCAAAAGUGCUAGCGCUGGGCGAGAAUGGACAGAACAGGAGACUCUGCUGCUACUUGAGGCGUUGGAGAUGUACAAAGAUGACUGGAAUAAAGUUUCUGAGCAUGUCGGAAGCCGCACUCAGGACGAGUGCAUCCUCCAUUUCCUGAGGCUUCCCAUCGAAGAUCCUUACUUGGAGAACUCCGAUGCCUCGCUGGGCCCCUUGGCUUACCAGCCUGUGCCUUUCAGCCAGUCUGGAAACCCAGUGAUGAGCACUGUGGCUUUUCUGGCAUCUGUCGUGGAUCCCCGGGUGGCGUCUGCUGCAGCUAAAGCAGCUUUAGAGGAAUUUUCCAGGGUCCGAGAGGAAGUCCCACUGGAACUGGUUGAGGCCCAUGUCAAGAAGGUGCAGGAGGCAGCCAGAGUCUCUGGAAAAGUGGAUCCCACUUACGGACUAGAGAGCAGCUGCAUUGCUGGAACGGCUCCAGAUGAGCCAGAGAAACUUGAUGGAGCUGAAGAAGAGAAAAUGGAGACAGAGACAGAUGGACCACAGGCAGAAAAAGUUAAGAUUGAAAACAAAGGGGACCAUGAACUUGGGGAUGGAAACAAGGCACAGGAAGGAGACGAGGAGAAAAAUGCAGAAAAGGAGCAGGACGCCGACGUCUCCCAGGACUCCAAGCCAGAUGAGAAGGAUGCAGACGAGAACAAGGAGAACCUUGAUGUGUGCAAAGACAAGGAGGGCGACGCUGGGAAGAAGAGAGUGGAGCUCGAAAUCUCUGAAGGGAACGUGGCAACGGCUGCAGCUGCUGCCCUCGCCUCGGCUGCCACCAAAGCCAAGCAUCUAGCUGCUGUUGAGGAAAGGAAGAUCAAGUCCUUGGUCGCCCUCCUGGUGGAAACACAGAUGAAGAAACUGGAGAUCAAACUCCGUCAUUUUGAGGAGCUGGAAACAAUCAUGGACAGAGAGAAAGAGGCGCUGGAGCAGCAGAGGCAACAGCUGCUGACGGAGCGCCAGAACUUCCACAUGGAGCAGCUCAAGUACGCGGAGCUCCGCGCCCGCCAGCAAAUGGAGCAGCAGCAGCAACAGCAGCACAGCCAGAAUGUCCAGCAGUCCCACCAGCAUUCCAGCGGCCCUGGCAUGAACCCUCUCGGGACACCCAGCCACCCGGGCUUGUUGUCUCACCAGCAGCCUCCUCCGUAUCCCAUGAUGCACCACCAGAUGCCCCCUCCUCACCCACCGCAGCCAGCUCAGAUCCUAGGGCAAGGCUCCAUGAUCCCCGGGCAGCCCUUGCCAGGCCGGACAAUGCCAGGCGGAUCGGCCAGCGCUCACCAAGCCACCACCACCACCACCAGCAGCAGCAGCAGCAGCAGCAGCGCUCCCACAUCCGGUGCGGCAGGAAAUAUCGUGGGACCCCGGGGGGCCCUGGCUUCUCCGAACGGCUUGUAUCCGCAGCAGCAACAGCCGCAGCAGCAGCCGCCGCCGCAGCCUCCAGUUGACGGGGCAACCCCACCUCCUGCGGGAGCAGCAACAGCCUCCACAGCUCCCUAGGCGCCUCUCAAGCUGUGACAGUAGCAACCAAAAACACCAUUCCUCAGUUUCCUGCUCCUUCCUUCCCUGGCCUCUGCCCCCGCCUCCCA